AGCGCCUUUCCUGUGCCCUUCUUGCCCCGACGCCGCCACCACUCCCCCCUCUCCUUUCCUAUGCCUUCCCCGCCACCGACGUUUGCCAAUCCAAUCGGCGCCGCCUCCCCUUCUCCCUUCCUGUGUCCUUGCCUCGACGCCGGCAAAGCACUGCCGCACCAAUCGCGAGCCCGUGCCACCCAUGGAGCCGAUUCUUUCCUUCCUCGUGUCGCUCCUGCUCAGUGGUUGGAGUAAGAUCAGGGAAGCUAGGAAGCUCAGGGAAGCUUCGUCACCGGUCUCUAUGGAGAAAAGAAAGCUGCUGCACCUCUUUGUGUCAUAUGAUGAACUUGUUGAUCAUCUGAAACUUGUGGACACAUUGGUUGGGAAGAGGCAAACAAUGACAGUUGAAGUCCCAGGAUCCAAAUUAGAUGAGAAUUUGGUCCUUCCUUCUGACGUUUCUUGGUUAUCUACAGAUGAGGUUAUAAAGUUUGUCCUCUCUUUCCACCAAUUAGGUUAUUGCUUUUAUGGCAACAUUACUAAGGAUGAUCUUGUCCUAACUUAUACGGGAGAUAUGAGAGCUAUUCUUAGGAUAUGGGAUUUGCUUGACGUGUCGAGUGAGGAUGGCAUAAAGAAAGAUGCUUUUAGUCUUGCUCUAAUUAUUCGCCAUUGCAUCUUCGGUGAAACUGCUGCUGCUGAUAUACCAGUAGAUAUACAAAAUCUCCUUAUUUUGCUUGAAAAUUACAAUUCUGCACUGAUUGAAACUAUUCUCCAGCAUCCCUCCCUCAAAGUUGAGAUGGAUGCACUAGCCCAAUUUGAGCAACCAUACAUGGAGUUCCUACAAUUGAAAAAGACAAAUCCUAUGAAAUAUCAGAGUAUAGUUGCAGCAAUACCUUAUCGUGAAAUCAAUGAGUUCCAUUGCGCAGGACAACGAAUACCUUGAUGAAGUCUUGUCUUACCUAAAGAACAUGAAUGCAGAUUUACCGGUUUGCAGCACUGUUGAGUUGGUUCAAUGUGCUAGGGCUUUGAAAGCUGAUAACACUCUCUGGAAAUUUGUGCAUGCGAAGCGUAGGGAACAUGUUGUUGGAUGGGUCAUACCUGAUGAGCUGUUGCCAGAUAGAGGAACAGAUCGUGCAGUCUUCUUUCAGGUUUGCCUUAAGGAUCUGCAAGUAAAAUAUGGAGAUGGUGGAGGGGAUUUGGUAGAGAAUAUAAGAAACAAUGGCCAACAUUUGGUAGAGGAGAACGUUUUGAAGGAACUUGCUCCUCCAGCAUCUGGGUACACUGUCCUUUUUAAGUACUUUCAGGUCAUGCACAUUUUUUGCCACCACUACCCAAGAGUAUUUUGUCAGUUCUUCUUGGGUAUGCAUGCACAAGGGUGUGUUCCAAGCUCCUCCAGCAAGAAUCUAAGUCACAUAAUAAAACAAUAUCAGUGAACGAGACUGAUAUUCUACAAGCAACAGAAAUGCACACCACAUGUUCAAGUGCAGGUUCAGUUUCAGAGUUCAAACACGCAGACAAACACAGGGCUUAAAACAAACAAUAUAUUUUUUUUACAGAGACAUUGUAUCAGUAUAUAUCACACAGGCUGAUAGAAUUUGGAGAACACAAACUGCUGAUAGAAUUCCACUGUCUGACUUCUAUUCAUUAUUUGUUUGAUCUUGCUUGCAGAAACUGAUCAAUUGAUCCAUUCGAGCUUUAUACACCGCUGCUGUCACUCAAAUACCUUCCUUGUGAGUGUCACCUUGUUACCAACCAUCUCCAUACCAACUCAAUCAAGCAGUAGAUUCAAUUGGUAUUGUUACAACUUGUAUUGGAAUCGGGGAUGGGAACCAAAGCAAGGGGAAUCCAAUCAGUAGAGAAGCACAUCAACUUCUACAAGGUACAGAGGAUGGGUGCAGGUUCUCUCGGUGGCCGCCGGGUUUGUAGGCCAUGGGGGCAGCAGGAAGCUGCCAGGUAAUGAGGUAAAAGCAGCAUUUCUUCGAUCUUCUCCCUCUCUCUGGCCUCACAGCUGCUGCCUGAUGGGCCUGCAGACACGGUGGCCAACAGGUCAGUUCCUGCCUCUCUCACGGUCACAGCUUGUGCAGCUGGAAAGGGAGAUGGGAGACCCUGUAUUGACGUUCUCGUUCGGUGGAGUACAGCAGCAGUGGGCAGUAGCAGUACCCACCAAUAAUUCCGCUUCUUCAGUCCUCAUUCCCAUCUAUUCCAGCUCAAGCUUCCUUACCUCCACCACCUCCCUCUCGCUUCUUUAGCCGUCAACAUGAUCUGCUGCCUUCUCUUUAGCCGUCGUCAGCAACUCAGCAUAGUUUAUAAUUAGAAAAAUAAAAUGCCGUGUCACUUUGCAGUUUUGUAGUGGCAGUUUUGAAAUUGUAGACAAAAGAAAGAACUGUGGCAGGUGUGCUACUCUGAGACCUCACUGAGACGCAAUGAUGCAAGUCAGUCAACUUACGCGUGCUGCGUGCUGAAAUAUCUUCCCCGUCACUGUUACCCACUUGCCUUGAAAUAUCAGCGUGCUUUUUUGCACCUACCAAAAAGUCUCUUCCUUGUUUCCAUCACCUGUUGCCUCUUCUCAGUUCUCCCUGUGGUUGAGCCUUUGAGGAAGUGCAAGGAAGCCCUGCGAGCAAGGAAACAUGGCAGAGUCGCUGCUGCUCCCCGUGGUGCGCGGCGUCGUCGGCAAGGCGGCUGACGCUCUCGUACAGAGCAUCACUCGCAUGUGGGGCGUCGACAACGACCGCCUCAAGCUCGAGCGCCACCUGGUGUACGUGCAGUCCUUGCUGGCCGACGCCGAGGCGAAGAGCGAGACCAACCACGCCGUCCGGACGUGGAUGAAGGAGCUCAAGGCCGCCGCGUACCAGGCCGACGACGUCCUCGACGACUUCCAGUACGAGGCGCUGCGCCGUGAGGCCCUGAGCGGCCAGUCCACGGCAAGCAAGGUACUGAGCAACUUCACCUCAAAGAAUCGUCUUGUAUUCCGUCAUAAAGCGAGCAGAGACCUGAAGAACGUGCUCGAAAAGAUUGACGAGCUCGUGACCGAGAUGACAAAGUUUGGCCUGGUGGCGCUUGCGGAGGCGCCGCUGCAAGCUCUUCCUCGGCAGACGCACUCAGCACUGGAUGAAUCCAGGGAGAUAAUUGGCAGAAAAGAUGACAAAGAUGGGGUGGUGGAACUGUUGCUGAACCAGCAAGAUCGGCGGGAUGUACAAGUGCUGCCCAUCCUUGGAAUGGGGGGUGUGGGUAAGACCACGCUAGCCAAGAUGGUGUACAACAACGACAAAAUUCAGAAGCACUUUGAAUUGAGGAUGUGGCACUGCGUGUCAGAAAACUUUGAAGCUAUUCCUCUUGUUAGAUCUGUAAUUGAGUUGGCUACAAAUAGCACAUGUGGUCUGCCUGACACGAUCGAGCUUCUGCGAGGAAAACUGCAGGAAGCUAUUGGCCGCAAAAGGUUCCUACUCAUUCUCGACGAUGUGUGGAACGAAGACCAAAACAAAUGGGAGGAUGACUUGAGGCCGCUACUCUGUUCUUCAAUUGGUGGAUCAGGAAGUACGAUAGUUGUCACAAGUAGAAGCCGACAAGUGGCGUCAAUAAUGGGCACCCUUCCACCUCAUGAAUUAGUGUGUUUGAGUGAAGAUGAUUCAUGGAAAUUGUUCUCAAACAAAGCAUUUAGUAAAGGAGUGCAAGAGCAAGCAGAGUUUGUCAAAAUUGGCAGAUGUAUCAGCAAGAAGUGUAAGGGACUGCCUCUUGCACUGAAGACAAUGGGUGGACUGAUGAGUUCAAAACAACAAAUCCAGGAAUGGGAGGCUAUUGCAGAUUGCAAUAUUAGUGAUACCAAUAGAGGUAAAGAUGAGGUAUUGCCCAUACUAAAACUGAGCUACAAGUACUUGUCCCCUGAGAUGAAGCAAUGCUUUGCCUUCUGUUCAGUUUUCCCCAAGGACUAUGAGAUGGAGAAGGACAUGUUGAUUCAACUAUGGAUGGCAAACGGUUAUCUUUGUGAAGAGGGGACGAUGGACUUGACACAAAAAGGGGAAUAUGUCUUCAACGAGUUGGCUUGGAGGACCUUUUUCCAAGAUGUGAUAUUAGUGAGGGAGCCCUGUUGGCCUUAUUUUAUAUAUGCCUCAAAACAAGAGAUAAAUGGAUGCAAAAUGCACGACUUGAUGCAUGACCUUGCAAAAGAUGUUGCAAAUGAAUGUGCAAAUGCGGAAGAGUUAAUUCAGCAAAACCUGCCUGUAAAUGACGUCCGUCACUUGCAUAUUUCGGAAUAUUAUCAAUUGAACAAAAUCAGCCAGUUACUCGGAGGCACUAUGUAUCUUCGCACUUUGUUGAUGCCACUGUCAUCGUACAAGGAUCUAGUGAAGUCAAAACUGAUGUCAUCAAGAGCAUUGCGUAUUUGUUGUGGACAUACUCCAAUCGUCCAUAUGGAGCUCACACGCACAGCACAUUUGCGGUAUCUUGAUCUCUCAGGCUCGAUGAUUGUUAGCUUGCCAAACUCAAUCUGCAUGUUGUAUAACUUACUGUCUUUGAGGCUUAAUGGCUGCUCCGAACUACAAUAUUUACCUGAGGGUAUGAGAACUAUGAGGAAGCUCUGCCAUAUUUAUCUCUUGGGGUGUUGUAGAUUGGAACGAAUGCCCCCAAAACUUAGUGUACUACACAACCUUCGCACACUAACAACAUUUGUUGUGGGCACAAAAGAUGGAUGUGGAAUCGAGGAGCUCGAAGACCUACGACAGAUUGGCGGCAGGUUGGAACUGUAUAAUUUGUGGGAAGUAAAGUGUGGGUCGAAGGCCAAUCUCCAUGAAAAACAUAAUCUAAAUGAACUAUUGUUGUAUUGGGAUCAUUUUCGUGAUGAAUAUGACAAGUCUACAAUUGGUGAGGCCACUAAUCAUGAACAAGUAUUGGAAUCUCUUGUACCGCAUGAUAAGCUAAAAAUUUUGGAGGUGCAUAGUUAUGGUGGCCUCACAAUCUCGGAAUGGAUGGGAAACCCUCAAAUGUUCCGGUGCUUGAGAGAACUUAUUAUGGUCUUCUGCCCAUGGUGUAAGGACCUGCCAAUAGUAUGGUUGUCAUCCUCUCUUGAGCAUUUGUGUUUACAGGGUAUGGAAAGCUUGACCACGUUGUGUAAGAACAUCGACGUGGAAGCUGAAGCAGACAAUACCUCUCUGCAAAUAUUCCCCAAGCUAAAGAGGAUGGAAUUAAUUGCUUUGCCUGAGUUGGAUAGAUGGGCAGAAAAUAGUGCUGGAGAGAUUCUUAGCUCGGUGAUGUUUCCCCGGCUGGAAAAACUAGAAAUUGAGAAUUGUGAUAAGCUUGCAAGUCUCCCAAAGUUACCGGUUCUCACAUAUCUCAAUCUAUCUGGUCGCGAAGGGAAUAAUUCUACAGGAGCUCUUAUUUCGAUGCCUUUGGGCUCUUUGCCAUCUCUUAUCCACUUAAGAAUAUCAUUUUUGCUGGUAGACGUGGUGAUGCCUCCAGACGGCGAGGAAAGCCAGAGUCAAAGACCUUUGGACACACUACGAUAUUUGAAGCUUCAGGGUGACGAUGCCUUCAUAACGAUAUUUAAUAAAUCCAAAUUGCAACUUGGGCUUAGGGACUACUUGGUCUCUGUGGAAGAAUUGGAUAUCAGGUCAUUGGAUAUUGUCCGCUGGCCCGUGGAGGAACUCCGUUGUUUUCCUCGCCUUCGAUUUCUGAGCAUUUGGGAUUGCUCCAAACUUGAGGGGAAGAGCUCGUCAUCUGAGGAAGACGGAAUCCUUCCUCUGCUCCCCAAGUUUCCCGCAUCCCUCGAGGAAAUCUGGAUUGACAACAACAGAAGUUUGGUGGCGCUGCCUUCAAACCUCGGAGAUCUGACCAAGCUGAGGAGACUCACCGUGCAGUGUUGCGUUGCACUGAAAGCGUUGCCAGAUGGGAUGGAUGGUCUCACUUCCCUUGAUAUUGGAUACUGUCCAGGGAUAGAGAAAUUUCCGCAGGGUCUCCAGCAGCGGCUCCCAGCCCUCAAAUUCCUAUACAUAUGGGGCUGCCCUGACCUGCAGAGGCGUUGCAGAGAAGGUGGGGAGUACUUUGACUUGAUCGCUUCUAUUCCCCAUAAAUACAUUGAAGCACCCGCACAGGCACAGCCACGAAAGUGGUUCCUUCCCUCGUGCGGUGGUGGUUCUCAAGGCAACUGAGUAUGUCAUCAGAUUGACUGCACUUGGAGUUCAGUUGGGUUUGGACGCGGUGCUCCAUAAGCAUAAUCGUUUCUCGGCAAAGGACAAUACAAAAAAUUAGAAGCCUGUUCCAUUCUGUGCCACGGAAGCUUCUUCUUGUCUCGCUGAUUGCAAAGAGAUCCUCCCUUCCCGGCCUUCAAAACAUCUGAUGCUGCAUUUUAGUUCCAGCAAGCCUUGGAAUUGCCGGCAAAUUUGGAAUCUUUUGGGUAGUAUUCAUGUGUAACCUUUGUCACAGUCUCCAAACCCCUGAUCCUCUCAAUUGUUGAAGCAAAAGUGUGCCUGUUUCUUGAAGAUGAACCGCGUGAGGAGAAUUGCAGGAAUUGGCAAGGCUAAGGUUCCAUCUGCAGUUCAAAAAGACAGAGAUGAGAGCAUCGUUUUCUUCAGGGAGCUGUACAAAGCGUGAGAAGGAUAAUAAGGAUGUGAACCUCUUGGAACCAAUGUAUUCGGUCGAGUUUGAAGCUAUCCAAGGUGGCCAUGGCUGCAAAGUUCCCCCAGGAAAGAGAGACUUCCUCAUACCAGUGGACGAGAAGCAUGACUAUGACUGUUUAUUGUCAGGUUGAUGACACCUCCAGCUGAGUCAACGUUCACUUGGAUUGUGGUUCGAGGCGGGCAAGGUCGGUCGGCACCAUCUCCGUCAACCGCAAGCAAGGCCUACAGCUUCGACACCGUGCACUGGCACGCGCCCAUCCGACCACACCAUCAACGGCCAGCGGCUCCCCCCUUGAGCUCCACCUCGUCCACAAGGAAAGCAUUUGAUAGCAUCCACAAGGAAAGGAUAGCGUCUGAGAGACAAGGCAAAUUUAAUGAUCGGGCUCAAUAAGAAUCGGGAUAUAAGAUUAUAUGAUUUAAAAAAAAUAUAUGGUUGAAAAUAUAUAAGACUGAGUUGGAUUGUGAAAAAA